UGAAUAUGAUUACCUACACACAUGUAAACAAACUACCCCAGUAGCGCAAGAUCGGUUAUUUUUAUUAAUAUAUGUUUCCAUAAUGCACACAAAUUAUUUUAUUUGAAAACUGUAUUGCAUUUUUACUUUCUACGUCCAAGUAGAUUGCCCGAGGAGUGCCAGACGGUUAGCUACGUGUGUCAUUUACAGGUUCAAUUUUAUGGAGUUCUGAUAAUCUAUGUCUAAUAAACCAAGGUAUAUUUUACGUUUUUUGAUUUUGCAAAGCCAACAACAACGCAAAACCCAGUUACCGGCGACGGACAAGUAAUGAAUUAUGCAAAGUUUGUAAAGGAAAAACAAACCAAAGCGAAUACGCCGGAAAAUGGACUUCUAACUGCUUUACUAGGACUCAAGAACAGUGAAAACUUUACAAUAGUCAAUAAUACGCAUGUUGUGGAAAAGGUAGAUGAAGCUGAGUUAAGUGCUGCCAGACAGAUGCGUAUGUACUCGCCAACUACAGUGCAAAGACCUUCCUAUUUAUCAUAUGGUCCAGGAUACUGGAAGUUGAAUGUGUUGAAAAAUGGGAAAUAUCCUGACGGCAUGUAUGGGUUUAGCCGUAAAUCGGAUUUUCCACAACUGGCAGCCUACAGAGCUCCAUUUCCUCCAAAGAGUGUCAUUAACGUUAUGAAAUACGUUACGGGACCACCGCGUCGUCCUCCGCCCGAUUUUAUGGUCGCCCAAGAGUCGGGUAAUCGUUAUUUUCCUAUACAAGCCGCCGGCGAUGUUAAUAAUCACUUACCAGAAGUACUACAGCCACCAAAAAUAGGGUCAAGAAGGUUUCGUAAUAGAUACGGCCCACCGGUAUAUCUGAAUCCUCCGAAAACCAUUGACUCAUUACCCGACGAUUUUAUGAAACCACCAGAUCCAAACGCUGGAUAUGCAAUGAACUUUGAAAAUGUCGAUUUACCUGUGGACCUAACUGUUCAUGAAGAAUCAUACAAUAUACCAACACAUACAGACGUUGUAUUUCAUACCCCUAGAUCACCCGUAGUAGUCAAGCCAAAUCAAGUAAAGAAGCUUAAGAAGGCAAAACCAAAAAAUAAGAAACCAAUUAGAAUGAUGUUAGACAUUUAUCCGAUUACUGAAAAUGAAAACCAUCAGCAGCAAGACCUCGAACAGGAUGAAGCAGAAGAAGAAAUAGAAGAAGAAAAGGAGCAAAUUACUGAAGCAGAUUCUGUACAUAAUGCAUUUAAACAUAUUAAACAAAAUAGCGCAGAAAAUUUACUGUUACAUUUAAAUUUAUUUCCAAAAUUCAGCCAAAACGGUCGACGAAUGUCAGUAAAUUUUGAAGAAAACCCGACAUCAUUACCAAUAGUACACUUAACAACAAGUGAAACGCUAGUUACUCUGAAAAGUCAGGGUGAACAUGAAAGAGGAAAUAAACAGGAAUAGUUAUUAUUUAAAAAUUUAAACGUAAAAAUAAUUCCAUUGUUAAACCUGUUAAAUUUUUUUUUAUAAUAUAGUUACGGUACCAAUAAAUUGUUACUCAAAUUUUUUA